CCCAGCAGCAACGGUAUGUUCCAUAGGCAAAUCACACUCUGUAAGAAAGUGAUUAAAACAAUCACAGUUUUAUUUUACCAUAAUGAAGGCCAGUGGUUUCUUGGCAGAAGAGGACAGUGGGGGCUGGGGAGGGCUGGCGUUCCUGCGGCUGGGCUCUCUGGGCAGGCAGGGGUGUUCCAGCUCUGGAGCUGUCGGCACGGUGCUGAAGACGGAAGGCGUGCCCAGGUGACCCCAGCCUCUUCAUGUCCAGGCUGUCCCUCCCCACUCGUCUCUUCUGACCAGAUCGAGCAGCUUCACCGAAGGUUCAAGCAGCUGAGUGGAGACCAGCCCACCAUCCGCAAAGAGAACUUCAACAACGUUCCUGACCUGGAGCUCAACCCAAUCCGUUCCAAAAUCGUGCGUGCCUUCUUCGACAACAGGAACCUCCGCAAGGGGCCCACUGGCCUGGCAGAUGAGAUCAACUUUGAAGACUUCCUGACCAUCAUGUCCUACUUCCGGCCCAUCGACACCACCCUGGGCGAGGAGCAGGUGGAGCUGUCCCGGAAGGAGAAGCUGAGAUUUCUGUUCCACAUGUACGACUCGGACAGCGACGGCCGCAUCACUCUGGAAGAAUAUCGAAAUGUGGUGGAGGAACUGCUCUCUGGAAACCCCCACAUCGAGAAGGAGUCUGCGCGCUCCAUCGCUGACGGAGCCAUGAUGGAGGCAGCUAGUGUGUGCGUGGGGCAGAUGGAGCCAGAUCAAGUGUACGAGGGGAUCACCUUUGAGGACUUCCUGAAGAUCUGGCAGGGGAUCGACAUCGAGACCAAGAUGCACGUCCGCUUCCUUAACAUGGAAACCAUUGCCCUUUGCCACUGACCCACCGUCAGCUCCUUGAAAAGUGGCCUUUGCCAGGGGGCAGCCUCCGCUGUGGCCCAGAGUGGCCGAGGCCUUUUGCUGCAGCCCUGUAAAUAACCAAUGCUCAUCCAUCCAUCUCAUGUCCUGCCCGGUAUAUGUGGGACUCUGCUGUUUUUAUUUCUUUUUUUU